AUGGAAGACCUGGAUCUAGAAUCUGCCAGAUCAUUAAGGUCAAAGAGUAAAGGAAGCGAUGAUGACCGCCAAAAAUUCGAUUUUGAUAUGGAUGGCUAUGAAAUUGACCCUGAAAAGCGGUUCAAAUUUGCCAUCAGAGAAGUGCCCAAGGGGUUAACUCACUCAGAAGGCAUAAAGAAAGAAUCAAAGAUGCCAAACAAGGGUUUGGCCAAUGUCGAUGAGACAAGAGACUUGAUUACCAAUAUGAUAUUGAAUAUCGAUAGACAAAAACUUGAUACAAUACGUAAGCGAAGUAAAAAUGAUGAAUAUCUCGUGGAUCCGCUACCAGAUAAGCUUUACGAUUCAUUUCACAAGAAAAUGCUAAGGCAAGAAAAUCGAAUGCUAGAGCAGGAUGUGAUUGAGGGUGAAGAAGAAGCAGAUGGCUUACAAUUGAUUUAUGACAAAUUAUGUAUGCCAAAUUGGCCUCAGACUUUAUCAAAAGUCACCAAAAUCAAUGAUCAGGAAAAUAUGGAAGAAUUGCAAUUGAAAAAGAAGUUGACAAGGGAAACUAUCAAAUCCAUGUUGGAUAAAUUUCAUUUAAUGAAAAAAAAUAGCAAUAUGUUGUACAAAAAUAGAAGAAUAUCAAAAAAUGACAGUCCUCAAAAAUGGACUGAUCUUUACAAGCACGUCAAUAGAAGAUUUGUUCAAAAUUACGAAAGCUCUUCUGAAGAUGAGGAAGAAGAAAAUCUACCUAUCGAGGAGUUAAGAAACUUACGAAAGAAGAGAAGAGAAGCCAAAUGCGGUGGGUCUAUAAUAAUUGGCAUUGGAAUGAACCAACUAGUAAACAAAUUUGCGAUAGUAUCUGAACCUCUAAGAAAACCAUAUGUCAUUAGAUGCAGUGCAAAAGAAAAGUCGUUGAUGAGGAAGGUUGAAAAAUUGCCAAAAAGAUAUAGAUAUUUGCCAAGUUUGAGGACUCAAACUGCCAAAUUCAAACAAAAGACUUUGAUAUCGCGAGUUUUGACCAUAGAGACACCAAUUGAAUCUAAACCAAAAAGAGCUGGCAACACACUGGAAGCUGAACUACGCAAUACUGCAGAGAGCGAAUAA